UUGAAUUAUCUGGUGUUGGAAUUGAGCAUCAUACAUGGCUUACAUCCCUCCACACAAGCGACAUUCGAAGGAUUCGGAUAGGUCGACUCCGACUCUAGAGUCGCUUGCUCCCAGAUUUAAUAGGAAUGUACAGUUAAGGGCUUCAAAGUCUAAUGCUGAUAGGAGUGGAGAGUUUGUAUAUUCGAACUAUGCAAUCUCCAGAUGGUUUGCUGUUGGUUUGGAUGAUGAAAACCAUGACACUCUUGCUGCUCAUCUGAAACCAGUUUCAGUUGAAUUUAUCGAGAGAAGAACGGGCGAGAAACCUCUAAUCUUGGUGAAAAAUAAUUCAGAUAAAGAUGAAUCAAAAGGGAUCCCGUGGUUGUCUAUUGCAAAAAAUGUGCUGACUGUUAUCUUCCUUUGA